AUGCAAAAGUACUACGGCGAGCUACGCAUUGACGACAACAAUCCACGCUGGCAAACCCGCGAUGAAACAGAGUUAUCAUCAUGCCGACGAGCUGCGAACCAUGCAACAUCAAAUAUGGGCCGAACCAUUCUUGGGCUGAACCAACAUCUACCUCUAACGAUCAGAGCUGAGGCCCAUGACGAUGAUCCACAAUUCGCCCUAGAUGAUUCCAAGCAUCGAGCAAGAGGCGCCGCAAGAGAUAACAACGAAUCUUGA